AUUCUGUACAAAAGCUCGUACCCAAAACCUCAAACCUUCAUUCUGGGUUACAUUGCUUGGAAGUGAGAAGAAGAUGGAGAACCUUAACCUGGCCCUUGUGUCUUCCUCUAAACCUUUGAUGUUGGGACGUGUUCUUGCAAGAGACGCCACUGACAGAGACGUUUUAAGAAGAAAGCCCUUCUCUCCUGGGAGGGUCUUCAUUGCUCCUCACCGUUGCCGAUACCGUGUUUCUGCGCUCUCUUCCUCCCAUCAUGGUCAGAAAUCUGUGCAGGAGAAGCUGAUAGUAAAUCAUUUUGCAAGUGUUUCUUCUUCAAAAACUCAAGAAACGACAUCAAUUGGAGUUAACCCACAAUUAUCACCACCUCCGUCCUCAACUAUAGGGUCACCGCUCUUUUGGAUUGGUGUUGGUGUUGGGCUUUCUGCACUGUUUUCUGUGUUAUCUUCAAGAUUAAAGGUGAAUGUCACUCUAUGCAUUGAUAUAGAUGGUUCAUUAUAUGAGUUCGAGUAUAACUCUGCAAGAUGUAACAAAGUUGUCUAGUCAUUGGUGAAAAGGCUAUAAUUUGGUGCAUACUUUGAGUUCAACUGUAAAUAAGGGUUUGUCUGUUAGAAAUUUCACUAGCCAUGGGCUGUUGCCUUUUUUGAGUUCUGCCCAAACGAUGGUUCUCUAAAAUACAGUCAUUACAAGUGACACAAAUUAAUGACACAUAAGUGAGUUUUUUUUU